AUGGCAGAAGCAUUCAAGGGCAAGGGCCCUGCGCCCAGUGUCCCUUGGUCCGACAGACUUCACAUCCUCAACAACGGGACGCAGAAGGAACUCGACUACCAGCGCCAGCUUCUCACGUAUAAGUUAAAGGAGAAGCGAGUCAAGGUCCAACCCUUGAAGUCGUCCGGUUCCCGCUUCUGGUCCGACAGCGCUGACAUCGAGCAAAUGCACAUGGACGAGGUCGCAUUGGAGGCACACGUCAACUUCCUUGAGGCCAAGGACAAAGGUGAAGUCAAGACUCUCGAGGACUGGCUAGCAAAAGACAAUAACCACAGGUGGUCCACCAAGUACCUCGCUCAUAAGCAGUCCAUGGAGAUCAACAUCGCGGUCAACAAACGUGAUGAUAAGGACCAGCUCGCAUUCACAGAUCACAUGCUGAAGAAGUACUGUCCUGAUCGUCCCUACAAAAAUUGCUGCUGGGAUCCUGUACUCGCGGAAUGGAAUCGGAGCGAGAUAUUUCAUACUGUACAUCUCUUUCCACAUCGUUUCAGGGACUCGAUGGACACAAUUUUCGGCGCGGGUACCGUCAAGGAGCUGUUCAAAGCGCAGAACGGUCUCUUCCUUCAUAAAGACAUUGAACAAGCCCUGGAUGACGGCGUGCUGGCUAUCGUGCCGGAUAUUGGUCUGGAGCCUGCUGAUCUCGAUUUUCCCUUGAAAGACACCGAGGAGCGCAAGCAACGCCUGCGCGCGUGGGAGAAAUUGGAAGUGAAGGAGUACAAAAUUAUCAUCAUCGAUCCUUCCCAUCCGACCCUCACUGAAGAGAAGACACUCAGCUUCAGUCAAGGUAUUCACACUCUUCUUGAGCUUCAUGGACGUAGGCUCAAGUUCCUGACCAACUUUCGUCCUCGUCCUCGAUACAUCUGGUGGGUGUUCCUAGUUUCCGUCACUGUCGCUGGCUGGCGGACGAAGACACAAAGCCCCGGCGUGGCCAAUGCCAUCACCAAGGAGAUUCGUGUGGGCACUCGCUAUUGGGGUACACCUGGCACAUACAUCACCCGCAACGUGUUGGAGUCAUUCAUCAUCUCGAUUGGAAAUGAGGCCAGGAGCUUUGUCAAGAGCGAUGAGGACCAGAAGAAGAAGAAGAAGAUCCAGCCCAACUACUGCGCCCUGAGCAUGAUUGCCCACGACCACGCUUUCCGCAACAUCGACGAAGAGGAUGAUGAGAUGGGCGAGGAUUGA